AUGUCUUUGUUCGGCGAUGACGACGUGCCGUCGCGCUCCCAGUCAACCGGCCUCUUCGACGACGAUCAGAAGCCCGCGGGCAAGUCGGGCAGCGGUUUGUUCGACGACGGCUUCGAUAGCAACGAUUCGCCCUGGGCGUUCCCUACACCCAAGAAAGGCGGUCGCGGGUCGUUGGUCAAGUUGCUGCUGCCUGCCUCGGACGUGCCCGACUCGUACAUCGACGCCUUCGACGCCCUGCUAGAUGCUGGGGACUGCACUGGCAAGGGUAUCAGUGUUGACGGCGCAAAGAAGCUACUCGCCGGUAGUGGGAUACCGGGCGACGCGCAAUCGAAGAUCCUCGAGAUAGUGGCUCAACCCGAUCAGGAUGUCGCAGGCCUCGGCAGGAACGAGUUCAAUGUGCUCUUUGCGCUCAUCGGCCUGGCGCAAGAGGGCGACGACGUCACACUCGAUAGUGUGGAUGAGCGCAAGAGGAACCUGCCCAAGCCGACCGUGACGCUGCCCAAGUCCUCGAAACCAGAGCCGCCCGCGCCUGCGCCUGCACCGCAAGAGCAGGUCUCAGAAACACCCUCGGUGUCGCAGCAACCCCUCAGCCAGCAGACCCCGAGCCCAGGCAGGGCGCGUGCAUCGUUCCGCAAGCAGUCGUUCGGCGAUCCAGAGGCAGAUCCUUGGGGCAGUCCAGACCUGCACAAAGGCCACAACCACAACAGCUACACCUCUGUACUCGUGCAGACGAACGGAACAACCCCCCGUCCUACUGCGCGAACAACGAGCCAGUUCACGACACAGUCUUCGACCGACCAAACGACCCCGCAGGCCGCUGCUCCGCCUCCAAGCUCACUACCGAGUGACGGCGGCUGGGGCGGCUACAAUGGAGCAUCUAGCCAGCCGUAUAAUGCACCAGACCUCGACGCUGGGGGCUUCCAGGAUGCGCCAGCAGGCGGCAACAACGGACCCAGCCACUCUUCUGGGCUGAGCGGCUCCCUUGGACGCCUUCCAGGUGGAUCUGGCCACGAAGAGAUCGUCACAAUCUCUGCUAUCGCCGAGAAGGAGGGCCUGUUCAUGUUCCAGCACCGCAACUAUGAAGUUGGGAGCAAUCGUCGCGCGAACAAGGUUGUUCGCAGAUACAGCGACUUUGUAUGGCUACUGGACUGCCUGCACAAACGCUUUCCGUUCAGGCAACUGCCUCUACUACCCCCCAAGAGAGUCGGCAUCAACGGUAAUCCUAUAGCUGCCGAUGCGAGCUUCCUUGAGAAACGACGAAAGGGCCUGGUACGGUUCACGAAUGCGCUUGUGCGACAUCCCGUCCUCUCACAAGAGCAACUUGUCGUCAUGUUCCUCACAGUACCUACAGAGCUGUCCGUUUGGCGUAAACAGGCCAACUUGUCUGUGCAAGAAGAGUUCACUGGCAAGCCUCUUCCUCCUGACCUAGAAGACUCCCUCCCCAAGACCCUCGGCGAACUCAGCGAGACUGUUCGUUCUGGCGUGCGCCGAAGCGCAGAGACAUACAUUAAUCUGUGCAGUAUGAUGGAGCGUCUUACUCGCCGCAACGAAGGCAUGGCAGCUGAAUUCUUCCGCUUCUCGCAAGCACUUCAGUCUCUCACCGAGAUCUCCCAGGACACGUACGCCGUUGACACCAACGAUGUCCCUCUGCUCAACGAAGGCUUGACCUCAACGGCAAGACAUCUUGACCAGUCGAAACAGCUGCUCGAAGAUGAAGCGAGAGGGUGGGAGGAAGGCGUGCUCGAGGAUCUUAAGAGGCAGCGAGACACCCUAGUCAGCGUACGCGACAUGUUCGACCGCAGAGAUAAGUACGCAAAGGAUAAUAUCCCUGCGCUUGAGAGGCGGAUAGCGAGCAACGAAACAAAGCUCCUGAACAUCAGAAACAAACCGGCAGACUUGGUCAAGCCCGGUGAGGCGCAGAAGGUGGAAGAUGCGAUCUCCAAGGACAAGGAAUCCAUCGUCCAGCAACACGCCCGCGGCGUCUUUAUCAAGGAGUGCAUACGCGACGAGCUUCUCUACUUCCAGAAGAGCCAGUACCAUGUAUCCCGCCUACACCAGGAAUGGAGCCAGGAGCGCGUCAAGUACGCUGAAUUGCAAGCAGACAAUUGGCGAGCAUUGAGCGAACAGGUGGAGAGCAUGCCGACUACGGACUAG